AUGGGACUCGACACGCCCACCGAAAAAGAUAUACAAACGAGCAGUGGCUCACCGAGUCAUGACCAAGAAGCUGGCGAGAUCGCCAGCGUCGGCGAACGCGACGAGCUACACCAUCUGGGCUAUGAGCAGGAGAUGCACCGCAAUCGAUCCGUGCUCACUCUGCUCUUCCAAUCUCUCGCCAUCGCAGCCAUUCCCUACGGCGAAGGUAGCGCCCUGCUCAGCGCCAUCUACGGCGGUGGCCCACUAUCCAUCUUUGUCGGAUGGAUCGUCGUCUGCGUCCUCGAUCAAUGCAUCGCAAUGUCUCUCGCCGAACUGGCCUCUCGCUAUCCCACUUCCGCAGGCCCCUACUACUGGUCCUUCCAGAUCGCCCGCAGCAGCAAAACAACCGUCUCCUUCAUCAAUGCCUGGAUCUGGCUCAUCGGCAACUGGACCAUCACGCUAUCCGUCAACUUCGGCUUCGCAUCCCUAGUCUCCGCCACCAUAUCCAUGUACCACCCAGACUGGAGCGCCAACUCCUGGCAACUCCUCCUCAUCUUCUACGCCAUCUGCCUGGCCAGUCUAGUCAUCUGCACUUUUGCAAACAAAUACCUGCCCCAAGUCGACAUUGCCUGCGCAACCUGGACCGCCCUCACAAUCGUCGUCAUCCUAAUCGCCGUCUCCGUCAAAGCAGAUACAGGUCGCCACUCCGCUUCCUACGCCCUAGCCCACUACGACACCUCCUUCGCCGGCUGGGGCAACUUCACCUUCUUCAUCGGCCUCCUCCCAGCCGCCUACACCUUCUCCGCCAUCGGCAUGGUCUCCUCCAUGGCCGAAGAAGUCGCCCAACCAGCCAUAAAAGUGCCCCGCGCAAUCGCCCUCGCCGUCCCCGUGGGCUCCAUCGCAGGCCUCUUCUUCAUCAUCCCGCUAACAGUCACCCUCCCCCCGCUGGAAGAUAUCAUCAACUCCCCUGGCGGCCAGGCCCUACCGUACAUCCUGCACCGCGUCAUGGGCUCGCCAGGCGGUGGCCUAGGCCUCGUCUUCCUGGUCCUCGUCAUCACCCUCUUCUGCAGCAUUAGCAUCACCGUCGCCGCAAGCAGAGCAACCUGGGCCGCAGCCCGCGACGACGCAAUCCCCCUCGCCAAACUCUGGGCCAAAGUCCACCCCGGCCUCGGCGUCCCAGUCUGGUCCCUCGUCCUCCUGACCCUAAUCCAAAUGCUCCUCGGCUUAAUCAACCUCGGGUCUACCAGUGCGUUCACCGCAUUCGUGUCGGUCGGUGUGAUCGCCCUUGCAGCCGCUUACGCCGUGCCCAUCGCAUUGAGUCUCUACCACGGACGCGAAGAAGUAUCCCGCGCCCCGUGGAAUUGCGGCAAAAUCGUCGGAACAAGCGUGAAUAUUCUAGCACUGGCGUGGAUUGGAUUCGAGUUGGUGCUGUUUAGUAUGCCGACCGCUUUGCCUGUGACGGCCGUUUCGAUGAAUUAUGCUUCUGUCGUGUUUAUCGGGUUUAUGGCUAUUUCGGCUGUUUGGUAUGCUGUUUAUGCUAGGAAACAUUACAAGGGUCCGCCCGAGUCGGAUGCGUUGUAG